CCACUCAGUGUCAGCCAAAUCCAUGAUAUUAACACAAUCUAAAGACCAAGGGGAGUUUCCAAAGUCAUCAAACCCGUCCAACUUUCUCAUUUACAGCUAUAGACCACUGAAAAUGGAUCCUAUUAGGGCUGCUGUUCCUUUGCUAUGGCUUUCCCUGUGCUUUGGGAAUAUUCUGGAGGCAGCGGUACUUGGAUCAUUGCAGUACCCCUCCGGUGCGGAUGAUAACGGGCUUGUAUCACAUCUGGAUGAGCGGAGUCGCAGAGAGCCGACAGCGGUGUCCAGGAAAGACCCUCCGAUAAAUUAUACUAUCGUCCCCCAUGAGUAUAUGGUAUCUCUAUACAGGACACUAUCUGAGAUAGAGAGCAGAGGGCUUAACGGCAGUGCUCCUCGCACCGCAAGACUCGCCAACACCGUGACCAGUUUCGUGGAUCAAGGAAAAGAUCACUCCUCCUGGGGAAGUGGCCAGCGCUAUCUCUUCGAUCUCUCCAGUCUGUCCAGGACUGAUGAGCUUGUGGAGGCAGAACUCAGGAUCCUGAGAAAGCCACCGCUGGAUCUCCUUCCUGUGCUGACAUGGGGCAGGAAUCUUUAUCGCCUUCUCCUCUACACUUGUCCGUCUGAGGGGAACUCUGGAAGACGGCUGCUGGAUUCCAGGACAGUCGACGUUCUGGAUGGCGAGCCUCCCAAAUGGGAUGUAUUUGACGUGUGGGCAAGCGUGAAGGCUCGACGAAGGAGCCACAGGACAGCAGCAGGCAACGACCUCCUUGUGGCCUGCUUUGACCUGCUGGUUAUUUCGGAGUUGACUAAAGAGGCAGCCAACCCUCUUACAGUAGGGCUGCGACGCCAGUCUCGGCAGCCCCAGGAGAGGGCCUUGCUGGUGGCUUUUUCUCGCACCCGCAGGAAAGAAAACCUGUUCAAGGAGAUCAGGGAGCAGAUAAAGGCAGUGCGAGGAGACAUGGGUUUUCUGGAUCCUUUGGACCUCUCUGGUCACCUAUCCAGGCGUCGCAGACGCCGGACUGCCCUGACCAGCAGAUCUAUAGGUGGAGCUGGUGGGGGAGGAGGCGUCGGUGUUGGAGGAGGAGGAAGGAGUGGUGGAGGCAGCGGGCGCAGGAAGACUCGAUGCAGCCGCAGGCAGCUCCACGUCAACUUCAAGGAGCUGGGCUGGGACGACUGGAUCAUCGCACCGCUGGAUUACGAGGCGCACCACUGUGAGGGCGUGUGUGACUUUCCGCUGCGCUCACACCUGGAGCCAACAAAUCACGCCAUCAUUCAGACACUUAUGAACUCUAUGGACCCUGACUCCAGCCCGCCCAGCUGCUGUGUCCCCUCCAAACUCAGCCCCAUCAGCAUCCUCUACAUUGACUCUGGCAACAAUGUGGUCUACAAGCAGUAUGAGGACAUGGUGGUGGAGAGCUGUGGCUGCAGGUAGCAUUGCGACAGAGGGGGAUGUCUGAUUGUCUUGUCGGAAAAUCAAUUGGUGGUUUGACGCGCUUGUUAACGCAGGCCUCCCCUAUCUCUUCCCCCUAAACCAACUGUAUUUUGUGAUUUGCUGAAAAAAAGUCCCGACAAGUAUGCUCAUUACUGAUCUGCCUUAACUUGAGUGGAACAUAAUCUAAUUUGCUGCUUAAUUUAUUAGAAUUUGUCAUUGAGCUGCUAUUUAAUUUCAUGAGCUCUUUAGCAUUUCUUUACUCAUAACAUGCUCUGGCUCUCUCCUCUCUCUCUCUCUCUCUCUCUCUGUCUCCUUGGCUCUGCAUGUUGUUCGAUGCUGUCAACUUGAGUAAAUAUCCCAUUCUUAAACAACUGAUAUGCUUCUGACUUUGGUUCUAUUACAUUACUUUAGUAAUCCAUUUAUGAUAAGGUGUAUAAAACAUCAGCCCUAGCUUUUAAUUUGCUGAACAGCAGACAGAAUGAAUUGAAAUGAACAAAACCCCAGACUUCUAGCGUUAUGACAACAGCGUUAGAGUACAUUUGUGUGCCUAUAAGAGAGGCAUGGGAGUAAAUGAUUUGAUAUCCUUAACUAUCAGAAGACAUAGUAAGACAGUUUGAGUUCCACUGAACUGCUCCCACUGUGCUUGCUCUUAACUAAAACAACAUUUCAAAUGUAUGGGAGGACACAAUCAAAAAGGACUUUUGAAUAUUGCCGUUUGCAUCACACAAGACCCUACUGUCAUCCCUUGGACAUGUUUUAGAUAAUGCUGCUGUCAUUAUUGAGAAAUCUGGACAUUGUUAUGCAUCUCUUUAGCAAGACAGAAAACGUCUCCCAUUCAUGGAGCUGUCUGCUGUAGAAACCUGUCUAUCAGCCCAAGUUGGAGGAACAGUGAUCUUUAGUUAGGGAUAUGCUAUAGGACCCAUUUACACAGUUAACUUAUAAAAAUAGCUGUGUCACAAUGCAUUUGCUUAUAUCACUCUAUAUCAUUACUAUGCAAAGAUCAGAGGUAUAUGAUAUGGAACAUUUAAGGUAUGAAUGAAGGCGGUAUGAAUGAAGGCCGACAAGGUGAAUUUGAAGCAGAUUUUUAUGGCAUGACUCCGAUUUAUUAUUGCUUGCAACUGAGAAAUUUCAUUUUUUUGCAGAGUAGGCUUUCUACUACAGCUGGUAAUGUACAUGACUUAAACAAGCAGAUCCCGUGCUAACUUUGAUUGAUAUGGCGAUUCAUUUCCCUGUCAACAGCACAGAACCUAUAGGCUAUAUAAUGUCCAUAGGAAUUCCUUGUCAGGGAAAUGGAACAUUGGAAUUCACCAUUUAACACUCCAGGUACUGAAUUAUAAGAGCACAUGAUUUUGCUAAAUACUAUUGAUCAAACAGCAACAUGUGUUGGUCUUUGGAUGUAAUUUCCAUCUAUUCCAUUUUAUUUUAGAGUUCAGUCCAGAGUGGCAUGUUAGCCUGCUGGUCCAAAUACACUAUAUAUACAAAAGUAUGUGGACACCCCUUCAGGUGUAUAAAAUUGAGCACACAGCCAUUCAAUCUCCAUAGACAAACAUUGGCAGUGGAAUGGCCUUACUGAAGAGCUCAGUGACUUUCAACACGGCACCGUCAUAGGAUGCCACCUUUCCAACAAGUCAGUUCGUCCAAUUUCUGCCCUGCUAGAGCUGCCCCGGGUCAACUGUAAGUGCUGUUAUUGUGAGUGGAAAUGUCUAAGAGCAACAACGGCUCAGCCGCGAAGUGGUAGGCCACACAAGCUCACAGAACGGGACCGCUGAGUGCUGAAGCGCGUAAAAAUCAUCUGUCCUCGGUUGCAACACUCACUACCGAGUUCCAAACUGUUUGUCUGGAGCUUCAUGAAAUGGGUUUCCAUGGCAGAGCAGCUGCACACAAGCCUUAAAUCACCAUGCGCAAUGCCAAGCUUCGUCCGGAGUGGUGUAAAGUUCGCCGCCAUUGGACUAUGGAGCAGCGGAAACGUGUUCUCUGGAGUGAUGAAUCACGCUUCACCAUCUGGCAGUCCGACGGACAAAUCUGGUUUUGGCAGAUGCCAGGAGAACGCUACCUGCCCCAAUGCAUAGUGCCAACUAUAAAGAUUGGUGGAGGAGGAAUAAUGGUCUUGGCUGUUUUUCAUGGUUCGGGCUAGGCCCCUUAGUUCCAGUGAAGGGAAAUCUUAAUGCUACAUCCAACAAUGCCAUUCUAGAUGAUUCCGUGCUUCCAAAUUUGCGGAAAAACAAGGUCCCAUACAGAAAUGGAUUGUCAAGAUCGGUGUGGAAAAACUUGACUGGCCUGCACAGAGCCCUGACCUCAACCCCAUCGAGCACCUUUGGGAUGAAUUGGAACGCUGACUGCGAUGUUCCAACAUCUAGUGGAAAGCCUUCCCAGAAGAGUGGAGGCUGUUAUAGCAGCAACAGGCAAAGCAACCCCAAUUUAAUGCCCAAGAUUUUAGAAUGAGAUGUUCCAUGAGCAGGUGUCUACAUACUUUUGGUCAUGUAGUGUAUGUUUCUGCUUUAGCCAACUCUUCCCUGCCGUGUUUGUUCAUUGUCAUUCCAAACAUACAGGUAUCACAGCAAUAAAUAAGUUAUUACCUGCUUUUCAAAGGUGGUAAUUAAGUGUAAAUUCCCCACUAUAUUAUUUCACAAAUCCCAGUGGAAUCACAUUAAUACAAGGUAACUAAAUAUGCACAGUCAACACAAAGGAAACAAAACCACUUGCAAAGUGUAAACUAGGCACAGAUCAUAUGUGGUGUCCCUAAGAGAGAACUCCCUUGCAGAUAUUUCAUAGUAUUAGUGAAAGAGAUCAGCCUUUUGCUUCACACUCUCUCUGUAAUAUAUUUAACGCUGUUUGUGGUCACGUCAUAUCACUGAGUUUCAGUUUAAAUGUAAUUAUAUUUCCUGUAAAUCCAAGUCAAAUUCAAACAAAGAUUCUUGAACAGAAUUUGAAGUUACCAAACCAUUCUGUCUGCAUUGACCCCCGUGUGGUGUAUCAAGAUUUAUGUACAUUUAGUUUUAUUUCUUCAAAUAGAUAUAUUCCCAUGUUUUUGCACAAAAGGCAAAUAGUUGAUCAUUUAUGACUACAGACUAGUGCAUUUCUAAGUACAGGAGUAUUUGUACUGAUAUACAAUUUGUGAGUCAAAUGUAAUGUACUAAUUACCAUAUUUGAGUGUUUGCUUCUUUUGUUUGGAAUUCUGUCUGUUAAAAUAUUUCAUUUCAUUUCUAACCAAAAUCCAAAACAGCUUUCAUGCAUUUUGUUCCACAUGUUUUAGUCCAAACCAGAGAUUGUUUAUUUUUUACGGUUUUCUUUUACGGUUAUGUUAAACCGAUUUGGUUCUUUAUGAAUUAAAACAAAAUCCUGCAAAACGGACUAUAGUGGCAUUUUGAACAAAGGACUACGCUCAAAAACAAACAAGAAAUCCUCUGCUUGUGUUAUAUUUUCAAACAGCAGAGGAAAUUUAGUGGCACAUCAUUUCCAGGAGGCCGAUACAUGGCUAUAAUGCAACUCCCCAAACAUCAUUGAAUUCGCCUAACAUACAUUGAUCAAUAGCAAUGUUCGAAUCAACUUUCCAGAGUUUCUAUUUAAAUGUAAACAUAAAACUGCCCAAACAUUAAGAAAAAGGGGGUGUAAUGAUACAACUUCCUGUAAAUUCCUGUUUUACAUAUUUUUGAUGGAAACAUGAUUACUACCAAAGUUACCGUCCUUUUUGAAUAUCUUUUCAACUGUAGUGACAUUCUGCUCAGUGGAAAAUAGUUACCAUAAGAGCUUCUUGAUUAGCGUGUAUACCCUUUAUCUAAAUUACAUCAAUACGGCAAAGGAUAAUAAAACAAAAGUGGCAGGCAGAAAAUAAACCCCAAAAGCUAAUUUAGUCCAGAGAGUAGCUCCUUUGGUAUGCUAUGCCUUGAUAUUAGAUACAUUUGUAUUUUUUUCCACUUUGUUUGUGUGCGUGUCCUAUUACAGCUACUUUGUAUGACUGUUUUUUUCUGCUUCUUUGUGAUCCAUAAUGCCAAACACAUUUUCAUGAAAAUGGCAGGACAAGGAAGUGAUUGGGCUUUUCCAUACUUCAUUGCAUGUUUACUUCAGCCAGCUUGUCUUAGCAUGUCCAUUGUCUUGAAAUAGUAUUCCCCCUGCACAGUUGUUACAUUUUGUUGCACAUUUUGCGACUCCACUCAACUUAAAUCUGUUUGAAAAUCUGUGGAAAGACCGAGUUUACUGUAAAUCAACGAUCCCCAUCCAACUUGACAAAAGCUUCAGCAAUUUUGCCAAGAACAAUGGACACAUGUUAGGAUGUAGUGUUGAGUGUUGUAAAGAUCAUUGGGGGAAAAUGCCUCAAAAUCCUAGACUCUAACGCAACAAAAGGUGAAAGCUGUGCCAUGGUUAGGAUGGAUGUUGUUUCAAGACUCAUGGAUGCUUCACCAGUACAAAGUGUUGUUGUGAACAUCUGACCGACUCCUGGGUCGGCUUGUCCAAGGAUGGCCUGUUACAAAGGCACCGUGGGAGGUAUUCUGACUUGAGAUCUGCAUGCUUGAUUCUAAUUGAACAAUAUCAUCAGUUGUGGUUUGACCUGGGCAAUGUUAAAGUUAGUAGCUGUUAACACUGACAAAAUAUAUUUAGAGUUUUGUUUGUGUAAGAGCAUUGGUUCGUUAUUGAAUUGGGAUUCUGAUAUAAAAUUCCAAGUACUUAACAACAUCUAUGCAAUGUGUAUUUCCCCAUAAUUCUGCUUUAACCUAUUGAAAUGUGAUGUCUUCCCCAUGCUUUUCACGGGAAAUUCAGAUAAAGGUAACCUUUUCCUUUUCAUUCUCCUCCUUUCCACAUUUAUGGAUUGGAUUUAUUGAAUAUUAGAGAGCAUUUGAUUUCUGGCAAGAAACGCAAAUUGUAUGAAAGUCCCCCACAUAUUUUUAAAGACAUGUAGUAGCUUCUGUAUAAAGAUCAUUGUACAAGGAAAAGCUUGGUCAAGUUCAUAUUUUGUUGAGAAGGGAAAUGUUUGAGAUUUAACCGUUAGACGGCCAUUAGUUUGAUAUGUGUUCAUGUAAAAUGCACUGUGUGUAUGUAUGUAUGUAUGUAUUCUAUGGGUUAUAAAGGUCUGUACAUAAUGUAAUUGUAAAUGAACUGUAAACAGCUCUUUUCUCUUUUGGAAAUAUUUUAUAGUAGUAUAUAUUUGAAAAAGUAUAUGUAAGCACACUUUUUAUUCUCAUGUUAUGUUCACCAGUUUUUUUUGUAAAGAUUAUUUUAUUAAAUAUUGUAUUCAUAAUAA